UUCGUUAUUGCCUGCUACCCGUAUUACUCGUACCUCCGUUUUCUGUGCAUCUAGUGCGCGCUCGUUACGGGAGUAUCGUACGAUCCAAGGUCCGGCAGUCGUUGUAUCUGACACAUGAUCGUACGAUUAACAACAGAUCACCGAGAUAGUGCGAAUAAUAAAAAGCCAGAAUGCUUAGCCUUAACACUUGCAUCGCUGCUUCCCGUUCCUUCUUUCGUACCGCCCCUCUCUACUCUCGCUCAAUGGCCAUCGAGGCUGUCAUCGUCGCCGCCUCCCGCACCCCCACCGGCUCCAUCAACGGCACCCUCAAGUCCUUCACAGCCCCCCAGCUCGGUGCCGAGGCCCUCAAGCAUGCGCUUGCCUCCAAGAAUAUCGACCCCGCCCUCGUCGAGGAGGUCUACUUUGGCAAUGUCGUCCAGGCCGGUGUCGGCCAGUCGCCUGCGCGCCAGGUCGCUCUCAAUGCCGGCCUCAGCAAGAGCUCCGAUGCCACCACCAUCAACAAGGUCUGCGCUAGCGGAAUGAAGUCAGUCAUUCUCGCUACUCAGAGCAUCCAGAUCGGCGACAGGAGCGUCAUCGCUGCGGGCGGAAUGGAGAGCAUGAGCAAUGCGCCUUUCCUCCAUCCCCGUCAGAACCCUGCUUUCGGUAAAUACACUGCCCUUGACUCGUUGGAACUUGAUGGUCUCUGGGAUGUCUUCAACAACCAGGCCAUGGGAAACUGUGGUGAAUCGGCCGCCGUAAAGCUCGACAUCUCCCGAGAGUCCCAGGAUCAACAUGCCAUUGAAUCCUACCAGCGUGCGACGCGUGCAUGGAAGGAAGGUGCCUUUGACGCCGAAAUUGUGCCACUCACUGUAAAGGGUAAGAAGGGCGACACAAUUGUGAGGGAGGACGAAGAGUACAAGCGUGUCAUCUACGAAAAGGUCCCGUCUCUAAGGUCUGCCUUCAAGCAGGGUGGCAGCAUCACCGCCGCCAACUCGUCACCGCUCAACGACGGUGCAUCGGCUAUCAUUCUCAUGUCGGCAGAAAAGGCCAAGGAGCUCGGUCUCCAGCCUCUCGCAAAAAUCAUCUCAUAUGCCGAUGCCGGCGUCGACCCCAUCGAUUUCCCUAUCGCACCAACAGUCGCUCUUCCCAAAGCUCUUGAGAAGGCCAACCUAACCGUUAAGGACAUAUCCCUCUUCGAGAUCAACGAAGCCUUCUCUGUUGUCGUUCGUAUCGCGGAAAAAGUCCUCGGGAUUGAUCCGUCCAGGAUUAACGUCAAUGGUGGUGCAGUCGCUCUCGGCCAUGCAAUCGGUAGCUCGGGCUCAAGAAUCAUUGUCUCCCUUGUUCACGCUUUGAAGACCGGAGAAUAUGGUGCCGCGGGUGUCUGCAACGGAGGUGGGGCUGCUUCGGCCAUUGUUAUCCAAAAACUGUAAUUUUAGAUCGCCUCAUUUGUAUACUUCGCUGCUGCUUGCCACCAAUAAAUGAGGAAUGAAACGCCACGCGGCUUUGAUAAGGACGCCAA